AUGCAUAUCCUCACAACUAUAUGUUAAUUUUUAUACAUUGAAAUCCCUCAUAUAUACAUAAAAAAAUGGCUCCAAGUUUUGAUGAUGCUAGCUCCCUUUUCAACUUUGUCGUCCAUGGAGGCAACGGUAUAAAAGGCAUGGUGGACUUGGGCCUCAAGCAGGUGCCGCAGGCCUACGUCCAGCCACCAGAAGAGCGUAUUCACAAGCUGGACGCCCACCGCCACGAGCAGCCGCCUAUUGAUCUGUCCAUGCUGGAUGGACCUGACCGUGACCGAGUGGCCCAGCAGAUUGUUAGAGCUGCUGAGACACUUGGGUUCUUCCAAGUUGUGAACCAUGGCGUGCCGUUGGAGUUGUUGGAGUCGCUGAAGGAGUCAGCACAUGGUUUCUUUGGACAGCCCCCGGAGAAGAAGGGAAUUUAUCGGAAAGAUGUGAGUCCGAGUCCGCUGGUAACGUAUGGAACCAGCUUCGCACCAGAGAAAGAAAAGGCCUUGGAGUGGAAGGAUUACAUUAGCAUGAAGUAUACUAAUGAUGCUGACGCUCUUCAAUAUUGGCCCAAAGAAUGCAGGAAUGUGUCACUUGAGUAUGUCCAGUCAUCCACAAAUAUGGUUAGGAAAUUAAUGGAAAUUUUGAUCGGACAUCUUGGAGCGAAACUAGAUGAUUCAAUGAUUGAUGCAUUAAUUGGCUCCAAAAUGGUUAAUAUGAACUUUUAUCCAGCAUGUCCUAAUCCGGAACUCACAAUCGGCGUAGGACGUCAUUCUGACUUGGGAUCACUUACUGUGUUACUACAAGAUGGGAUCGGUGGCUUAUAUGUCAAAGUUGAAGAAGAUGUAGAUUUCGCUACCAAGGGAGAGUGGGUGGAGAUUCCUCCUCUCGCCGGGGCUUUAGUCAUCAACAUCGGUGACACAUUGCAGAUACUGAGCAAUGGGAAGUACAAAAGUGCAGAGCAUAGGGUUCGAACCACGAGCGCGAGUUCAAGGGUAUCCGUACCAGUAUUUACGAUGCCAAAACCAACGGAGAAAAUUGCACCGUUGCCUGAAAUGAUAGAGAAGGACGGAGUGGCUCGAUACCGAGAAGUUGUGUUUGCAGAUUACAUGAAGAAUUUUUUUGGAAACGUGCAUGAUGGCAAAAAGUCCCUUGAUUUUGCAGAGAUUAAAGUUUAAAGUGGACUGAUGAACUAUGUUUUUCUUAUUUGAAUAUGGGAAAUUAAUUUGGAGAGGAAUUAAGUUUAUAGGUAAUUGGUAUGAGUAGAACUUUUAAUCACUUAAACUCUUAAGCUUGGUAGUAAAUCAUUUGGCCUAUUGGGUUCAAUGAACUACUAUGUUUUUA